AGGAAAUAGUUCAUCCGUAGUAGUUCUUAUGAGCCACCUCUGAAUGAAGUGCCUUUUCGCCGUAAUGAUCCUGAGCGUACACAUAAUACAGCCGCAACAACACAAUAAUGUCUUUUGGCAAUUCGCUAAUUGGACCGCGAGACAAUACACAAAUAAAUCUUAUGUCUGUCAACAUUUCCCUUCAGCUGUGGGACUAACAUCAUCAAGACCCUUACCAGGUACUGUGAAAUCACAAGAAGUGAGUUUGUGGCUGAUCUGAAUGUCUGUGGUCCUCUACGCACCCCAGAGACGUAUGACGCAGCUGUUGCGGAUCUCCAGGCUGAAAACAUCCAAGGAAUCAGGGGGAUAAAGGUGCCAUUUUGUCUUCAGUGCAAACAUGACUGACUCGGAGCGAACCUUCCUAGAUGAUGCCAUCAUGGAAGUCCUACCACAACUUCAAGCACUAAACAAAAACAUCCUGGAAGAGCACUUGCAGUCCAUUGGAGUCGAGACAUAUGAUGAUCUACGCUUUGUAACAGAGACUGAUUUGAUGACCGCAUUAAGACCUGUAGAAGCCAGAAAGCUUCUUUCUGCUUGGAAACAGAAAUACCACACUCCCGAGAAGACUUCACUAUCAUCUUUGGAAGCCUCACCUACCCAAUCGCUGCCAUCGCGCUCUGUUUCACCCCAAAGUUCAUCGUCAAGCUCCUCCAGUAGCCUAGGACUUGACACACGGUGGGAUGUCAACUUUGAAAUACCAUGGAGUAAAUUUCCUGAGGAAGUGAUGCAGGCUUUAGAGAAGGGAAAAAGGCCUGGCCCAAGACUAAGGAGGCAAAUGGUCCGGAUUGUUGUGACUGAGAUGAUGCAAAAAUGCCCUCAUGUAGGUAAAAAGCAUGCAACUGAUGUUGCAACAAAAAUGGUGGCAAAAUAUCCCAGUUCUCUCCAAGAUGUAAUAGAUGGUGAUAUUGUUGGAACAGGCUACCAUUCCCUUGUCAAACAGUUGCAAAACAGAAUUGAGAAUGUGAGGCGCAUUUCAACACCCAAAAUAAGAAAGAGAAAACAUCAGACCGAUGAUUCUGACCAGACAGACGAGAUCCCAUUAGAAGAGAGAGCAGCAAUGCAGGACACUUAUGGAUGCAUUAAAUGGAACGUGAAAUUUCUGCCCCUUGAAGAAACUCAAGAGAGCCAGCAGCAAAAGAUGGAAAAACUCAAGGUAAUGUUCCAACACUCUGAUUUCAAUCCAGAGGAGGUAAAAUGUUUAAUGAAGUCCACAUUUUACACUCAUCCUCAACAUGUCAACCAGGGGAAAAGUAUCAAAUGCCUUCGAGAGGAGUGGCCGUUUUGGUUUGAUGAACUUGGCAUGUCAGUCCACUUUAUGGAACUCACUGGCAUUGACUUCAAAGAGACAUUCACACGAAAUUUGGAUUUAAAAGGAAAAAGGCUUCUCGACUACAUGACCACAGUUUGUGUCAACAAGAGCAAGAAAUUCAUUCAGAAUUAUGCAAGGAUAUAGAGGAUGCGGGGACUGCAGAGUGGCUGUUCAGAUGAUUUGAUAGAGAUGGUCCUGCUUCUGCUCAGCUACUUUGAUGAGAAGGAGGAGUCCAUGUUCUUCCAUGUAGAAGAUACGUGCCUGGCAGAAGAGGUCCAAAUGGAGCAAGUGCCUCUGACACCUGUUGUUAUUGUUUGUGGACAGUCCUGCUAUUCCUCCACAAGGUACAUGCUGAGUUUGGAUCGAAACCUUAUCAACACGAACAUCUCCUCCUUCAUUUCUGCAUUGUGCCUCAUGUUCGGGAGCUAUUACUGUUUUAAUAUUCACUAUCCAUCUGAGCUGGCUUCAACUCUGGAGUUUCUUCAAAGGUGUUUUUUCUCGAUUAACCCAGAAAAAGGAACCAAAGUAGAGAAUAAAAACUCAAAGCGUCGUCUCAGUGUGAACCCUCGAGUCCUCACCCUGAUACAGGAACUCUCCGAUCACGAGUGGUGUUAAGCCUAAAUAUGGACUCUUUCUGUGGACUCUGACUUUAAGAAGAGGCUUGAAGGUGCACCAACUUUUUCUGGUAGCGAGUCCGCCACCUGCUUGUUUUAUGAAGAUGCUCUUUCUUUGCAGGAAUGUUUCACAAUGUGGUAUAUAACUUAUCUAUCUUGCAUUUAUUCAAUUAGGACUGUUUUUAUUGAAAAAAAUACUUGUAAAAAAUGUGAGGGGCGUCGCCUGUACAUCUGACCUGUAACUAUGCCUUUUGGUAUCACCUGAUUGUCUCCAUGGAGAUAAGUUUCAUGCCAUACUGUGGAACAUUCCAGACAGGGAAAGUGUGGAUUGUUGUUAUGUGCCUGGCACAUAAACUUUGUUUCAAACUUUAAAAACUUUGUUUGAAUACAAAUUCAUCAAGUUGUUUACAACUAUUGACGAUGGCUGUUAAAUAAAUUUUUUCAAGUUA